UUACUUCAGCAAGUGCCCGCCGUCAGAGGAAAUGGGAGUGGUGGGACGAACUUCCCUAGAAUUCGUGGCGCAACACGAACAGGAAGAGUUUUUCCACCAGCAGCACAAAACCUCCCCGACCGUCUCUGUUCAUUCCGCCCUGCUGGCGGCUGCCUGGGGUUUUUAUUUUCGACUAAAGAACAUCACGGGACGGCUUUGUUUCGACUACGGAAUCGACUGGAAAGAGUCGAAAGAGUUUUCCUGAAUUUAAAGGCUUUUGAGUUUUACUUUUGGAAAACCAUGGCUUCUUUCCAGCUGCUGGUUUUCUUGGGAUGCUUUGCGACUGCGCAAGCUGCCAUCGAUCUCGAGUGUUUCAACGACUAUGAAAAAAUAUUUUGCCAACUGGGGGUGGAACAGUGUUCACAAUAUACCUUGAGGGUGGAUGAUGACUUUGAAAAAUUCAAUCCCUCUUUGGAGAAGUGUAACGGCCAGCAGUGCUGCUUCUCUACGACCUUUGAACCUGUCUCCAAAGAUUAUUCUGUAAAAGUUUUCCAAGGAAAGGAAACAGUCCGUUCAACAACUUUCGACGUCCUGAAGACCUUAAAGCCUAAAACUCCAACGAUUGUGACUGUGAAUAAAAGUGGAAUGAUCUAUACAGUCAACUGGAUGACACACAUGAGUGACAUACUUGGUAAACUGACCGCUGAAGUGACCGUCUUCAAAAAUGGAACCCCAUGGAAGCAGGAGUUUAAGGAGAUCACUCCAGCUACAGUCGAUGGACAAGAGAGUUUCCAAAUAAAUGGUCAAGAUUUGGAGCCAGAAACAGUUUACACGGUCAGCGUGAGGAGCUACACGGACUACAGUCAAAAAUUCAGCGACCGAAGCAAUGAGUACGAAAUUAAAACCCCUAGCGCACCAAACUCGCUGGUCCUGUGGAUCAUCAUUCCCCCUAGCAUUUUUGGAAUCAUCUUGAUAGUCUCUAUUUACAUCUGCUUUGUAAGGAUCAAGAAGAAGUGGUGGGACAGUUUCUCAGAACCGAAAAAACUUUCUGUAUCAGUCGGAACUCCACAGUUUUUCAAACCUCAUGAUGAAACCACCUCUCCUGUCCGGGUUCAGAGCUUCCCUUCAAAGGACGACGACCAAAUGUCGCCAAUUAAACAGAGAGAAGAUGGCAGUAUGAAUGGCAACAGCAGUGGAGGCUCUUCAGAUCUUUGUUAUGGUCAGACGGAAACUCUUGACCCAAACAGCGAAGACUUUGCCAAAAUUAUAAAUAAAUCCUUAUUGGAAUGCCUAUCAAAACACUUUAUUUUCACUGAUCUACAUAUUCGUGGUCAAGGUCAUGAGGCGUCUCUUUGCCCAUCAUAUAAGUCGGGUAAGGCUGGCAUAUUCAAUCGUACCUAUUUUCCGCCUCUUCCCAAGACUCUGAAUCUGACUAAGGAGAACUGUUCUGGAGUAAAAUUCCCAGACAACUCAAUAAAUUCCUGCAAAAGCAACACUGUGGGCUGUCCUGACCAACAGAUACCUGCUGGUCUGCUUUCGGCACAGAAAGGUAUUUCAUCUGACGUGCGGGUAGACAUGUCAUACCAGAAAAACAAAGCAAAUGCCAACCAAUCCCCUCUUUCAGAAAACAGCAGCUUAUCCUCCACUUUCAGUGGCACCACUACAACCACCUCUUCUGGGUUUCACUCCAGUAAUGGAUCCAUCUUGAAGAGAUUUAAUGAAGAGAACCCCGACGUCUUAAAAAUGCUGUCUCCAAGCAGUCUGCCUUCUGGGACAUGCCACUGUCCUGUGGUUGUAGACGACUACAAGCCAUUUCGAAGCAAAGUGGAGCAUCCAGGUGUUCUGCCUUCAGAAAACCAAAGCAUUGAUCAUCAGCGUUUGAAUGUGAUUGAAGGCGAGAGAUUCCUCCAGGUGCCUAAAAUGUGCUUUACUCCAGAUUUGAGAAAAUGGAAUGGUCCAUGUCCUUCGGUGCCGCAGAUACCACACUUACCCUUACUGUCUUCUGACAUGGCUGCCCCAGUAGUUGUAGUUGAUGGCUAUAAAUGUGUGUAGUUCACCAGCCCUGGCUUAAGACUUUGUAUGGCAAGAUGUGGAAGCUUCAGGAAACCUUCCCGACUUUCAGAACUAGUUUGUAGCAGUGCCAGCUGUUGGGUUUGUUUCAUGUCAUUUGCAGAGCUGGUGACAAUGGUCAAGUUGUUUUCAAGCAGAGCUGUUUAUUUUCUUCUUUUUUAACCUUUCGAUUAAACAGUAUCAUCAGGGUUUCAUUGUAUUUUACAUGACUGAGAAGAAAAUAAGUGAAUAAAAAAGUACAUAAAUGAGUUGUAUAUGUUUGUACAUUUAUCUACGUAUUAUUUAAUGUGAUGGAGACUUUAUUUGUGCUGUGUGGAAUUGUUUUCCACAAUGUAAAAUAUGUAAAUAUCAAGUUUAUAUAUGUUCCAAACUAUGAGCCAGCGCCGUCUGUUUGGAACCAAAAUCUCUUUCUUGCAAAUGCUUGAAGAAAGCAGAGUAAAGUGAGAUGUUUCUGUCAAAUUUAAUGUGUUCUGUUUGUUCCUUAAAUAAACUUUAUAAUGUGAGUAAAA